AGAUCUCAGACUUCUCUCUCCGGCAUCGAGGACUCUCUGCGCGCAACUUUCAAACUUCUAGACACCCUUCAAACUUCACGACACUCCGGCUUAGGCUGGGUAAGCUACCAUGUCCGGGUUCAGAGGGGUCCGUCCGAACUUGGCGCCCGCACACUCGAGAAAGUUCCGCGAGGAAAUUUGAUGUAGGAAGGAGAAGGAGUGGCUCAAGUACUCGCCGUUGCCGGAGUUCUCCCUCUCUCCGAUUGAGAAAUGAUGGAUGCUGAGACGGCGAUGGAGCUGGUGAAGAAGGGAGCGACGCUGCUGCUCCUCAACGUUCCUCAGCACACCCUUAUCGGCGUCGAUACUCAGGUUUUCACUGCGGGGCCUAAGUUCUGUGGGAUAAAAAUGAUACCACCUGGGCCUCACUUCAUAUAUUACAGUGCUGCGGACAGAGCUGGCAAUACUUUCUCGCCAAUAACUGGAUUCUUUAUUGAUGCUUCUGCAUCCCAGGUUAUUGUUCGUAAAUGGAAUGGAACAGAAGAAAAGCUUGUCAAGCUUUUGGAAGACGAGGAGGAGAGAUAUUACACGGCUGUGAAAAAAUUUGAAUUUGAUCAGCAACUUGGACCUUAUGCCUUGGAACAUUUCCGUGAAUGGAAGCAGAUAUCAGGUUAUAUUAACAAAGAUGUCAUCAAACGUAUUGAGCCAGUCGGAGGUGAAAUAUCAAUAAUAUAUGAAUCUGAGCUGCUUGACACCAAUCCUAAGACAACCAUGGAAAAGCGCUUGCUAGAACAGCUAAAAUAUGAUGGAAAAUUUCGUUGUUCUGUUGAAGAAUCCUGCAAGAGGAGAUGUUACUACACUUCAAUUCCCUCUGCUGUGAAGCGUAAGGGUAUUUCAGGUGAAGAACUGACUGCUAUGAACCUUGACAAGACGAAACUCUUAGAAAGUAUUCUAUUUAAGGAUUUUGGAGGUGCUGAAGAUAUGCUUCUUGGGGAGCUACAAUUUGCCUUUAUUGCUUUCUUGAUGGGCCAGUCACUCGAGGCAUUUUUCCAGUGGAAAGCAUUAGUUACUCUUCUGCUUGGCUGUACAGACGCACCAUUCCACACGAGGAGUCAACUUUAUGUGAAGUUCAUCAAGGUUCUCUAUUUCCAAUUAAAGCAUGGCUUCUGCAAGAAAGAUGGAAGUGCAACUAGUUCUGAAAGGGGGGCUUCUGUACUUUUAGAUGAUUCAUGGCUUUCGAUGAACAAUUUUCUGUACCAUCUUUGCAAGGAUUUUUUCUCCAUUGUAGAGGAAGCAUCUGUUGUUGAUGGCGAUCUUCUUACAUGGGUGAAGAAGGCAAAGGAACUGCUUGAAACUAAUCUUGGAUGGAAUUUUGAGACCAAAUAUUCAGCUGGGAUGGAUAUGGGAGAUGACGAGUAUGCACCUGUCAUUGAGAUGAUCGAGGAGCCAAGUGCCAGUAACGAUAAAUUUUGAAAGCUUCAUGCGACAAGCACAAAAGAAACCAUACAAGUUUUGCUCCCCAACCUUUCCAGUGAUGAGAUGUAGAAUAAGUUUAUCAAGAGGAUAAUUCUUCUAACUCUCCUAUUUGUCAAUAGCAGCAAUGUCUUGGGAAAAUUAGAUCCGAUUCUGUUUCUUGGAGUUGUUUCAUGCCACAGUUGCAGAAUCCGGUACCUUGGCAGGAAAGGGAUCUUCUCUAAGACUUUUGCUUUCAGAGAAAAACGAAAUGUACUGCUUCUGUAAAAAAGUCUUCAGCGUGAAGAAACAUUUGGUCAUUGAUGAAAAUCUGUUAAUUUCUCUCUGUAUCGUUCCAAUUUUAUCGGAUAUCUCCGAAGAGACAAUGAAAAGCUGUUAAUUUGCAUCUUA